AUGGAAAGACAUAAUUCUAAUCCAGAGCUUGGCUCUAAGCCUAAUGGCUCCAGCGAAAAGCGAGCAACGUCUUUUGAAGAGGUUAGCCACCUCUUAUCUUCUCAUCAAACGUCAAAGGAAUCCCAUCGCAGGGCAACGAGUCAGAUUGCUUCCCCAGUCGUCGAUUUUGAGGUGGCCGUCGCAGAGAAACCGCAAAAACCCCUCCAGGGCAGUCAACCAGAAGAGGGCCCAAAGUCUUACUAUGUCAUCAAUCCCAUAGUCCCCGGCUCGGCUUGGUAUUUUACCAAGGGAAAAAGCAAUUCCAAUACACAUGAAUAUGAAGUUGAGAGAGUUUCGACUCAUCUUGUUGAUAUCGGGCAAAAUCGCAUAGGAUACCUCAUUGAAACCGCAACUCGGGACGACGUGACUGCGGUUGCCGGAGGUCGGCCUGAAUCCUGGUCCCCUGAAGGCCAGAAUGGUUGGUCUACCACAUCAACUUCAUCCAUAGAGAAAGCCAACAAUACCACAGAAGCAGAACCCGGUAAAAGGGCGAGUCGCUUCGGAAGGUUUGACUCGGAAGGAGAUUUCGAGACACAGUUACACGAUGAGUCGGCCAUCAUUGUGGACCGUCAAGACAUUCCUCUCAUCACUGAGAUGAUCUUUCGUCAAUUAAACACGACUAGACUAAAACGAAAUAGCUCUCGAAUGAUCGGCGGCCCUACGGAAAAGCACGAAGCAUCGUCUAAAGAGAAUGGGGAACUCGCGAACAUCAUCGAGGCUACACUAAUGGCUUUUAGAAGACCUGUACGAUAUGACAUUACACCCGAGAUAGGCGAGGCAGACAUCUCUCAAAGCCAACUGCCGGUUCAGUUUGCGAUGGAGCACGGUGGCCAACGUAUAAAGCUGCAACCGUCUGUGGUUUCAGAUGCAGAAAAUACCUUGAGCAUACCCAAGACGUCAUUUACCGUCGCAAAUUCCGCCCACAAGGUCAAUAGAGCCAGAGAGAAGUGGCAGCAAGGAGCAUCAUCGACAUCGACAACAUGGCUUUCACAACAAAGCGCGACUUCAAAUACUUGGACGAAGCAUGGCGGCCAUGGAGGAGAAUCGCUCUUGUCCCCAGAUUCAGCCAGGAGCUCCUCAGAUGAGAACUCUGAGGGGACUUCUCAAACCCGUCGAACCUCAUCCUGCCGGACCCACAAACAAGAUGAGAAAUUAGAAGCAUCUCAGGCCUCCAUCGGUUCUUCCAGCGUUGCGUCAACUAUCACCUCGUUUCCGAAACUUCUUUCGCGACAUUGUACCAGAGAAUGGAUCAAACCUCUGGUCAGUCUGGAAGACAAAUCUACCAAUCCAUCCCAUCAAGGGGUAGAUGAUGGCACUAAUCGUAUUUCUCGUGAACCCCAGACGUCAUUUACGGAGGCUACGGACCCAAUGUGCUGGCCCGGUGAUAGUUUCCAAUCCAUUAAUACCUCAGGCUACUUCACAAAUGAAGCUCCAAAAUCCAGGCGCACAACGGUAUCUCAGUCGUCUCCGACCAAUAUGAAGAACUUUGGGAGCCAAAUCGGCUCAUCAGCGCAUCGACGUCGAAGUACACUGACGUACGACUCCAAGGCUUCGCCUUCAACAGACCACUUCUUCCCUAAUAUUCUCGGCAAAUUUUUUGUUGGCAGAAAUAUGGAAGAACCCGAAACUCCCGAUUCAAAGAGGACAACAGAUUCGGACUCUGUAUCGCAUCUUAACUCGCCAUCUCAUGUUCAGGUGCAUGUGGGAGCUCCCUAG